CGUGGCGAGAUCACCGAAAUCACCGACCCGCGCUUGACAAAAGACCGGCCAUCACUCAUUCAGCUACCUACAACAGUUCCAGAAUCUGGAAACAUCGCAUACUACUGAUACUACGCAGCAGACUCAGUGACGAUUACAUUGCUUGUAUCUUCCGUUCAAUAUGGUUGAGCAACCAAGUAUUCAAUGUGCAGACACAGAUGGCAACGGACCAGCAAAACGUCGUCGGAGGCCCGCACUAUCUUGCGUCGAGUGUCGUAUGCGCAAGGUAAAAUGCGAUCGAGAGAAGCCUUGUGGAGCAUGCACCAGAAUCAAAUCGGCAACCUGCACUUUUAGACCUACGCGCCCGGGAAUUCGGUCAGAAAGGAGCGAAAGGUCACCCGAAGAUGAUACCUCGACAGGCCACAGCAACGACCAGGACCAAGGACAUCCGGCUCGGUCUUCUCCCCAGCCGCCCACACCGUCCAAUGACUUUGACGCGAUGAUCAAUCGCUACGUGGCACCUGGGCUUCUCGGAGAACGUGGUGGCAAGCUGAAGCCUUUGCCUGCCGAUAGACCGCCUUUCAACUUGAACUCACACCCAGAUACUACACAAGCCUCCGUCAUCAGUAGCUUGUUGGAUCGGAUCCACGGCUUGGAAGAGCAGCUGGCGAGUGCUACUUUGAAUGAGCAAGCGAGAAGUGGUACAUUGCCGAGACAGGAAAGCUCAGAUGCCACAAGCGGUCAGUUUGUAAAGUCGAAGUUUUACGGUCAGAGUCAUUGGAUCAACGCUAUAGACCCUUACGAUGCUCUUGGUGCUGCGAAUACUACGAUCAACGAAAACACAAACAGGAAAGAGGUGAACAAGUCGACCGAACUAUAUGCUACCGUCUCAGAAGUGAAACGAAUGGCUCGCAUCAUCAAGGCCUCGCGCAUGUCACAGCCUUCAAUAUCACCAGAAUUACAGGCAUGCAUCCCACCCAGGGAGAUCAGCGAUGCGCUUGUUGACUGUUACCUGCGCACAUUCGAGGGCGUCUUUCGUGUCUUGCACGUUCCUUCUUUCAAGAAGAUAUACGACGCCUAUUGGCUAGGCACUAUGCCUGCAAAGCCUUCCAUCGUUCAUAAGUUUCUACUGGUAUGCGCAAUUGGCGUGCCAUUCUACACUGGACCAGAGCAGGCCAAGCUCCGCGUCUCGGCCGUGAAAUGGAUCCAGGCUGCAGCAGAGUGGCAAAGUGCUCCUCAUGCGAAGUCGCGUCUCAACAUGAUAGGAUUGCAAAUACAGAUUCUUAUUCUAAUCGCACGCCAAGUUUGUAAUGUCGAUGGCGACCACAUCUGGAUACCUGCAGGCACACUGUUACGAACGGCCAUGCAUCUUGGUUUGCAUCGCGAUCCAUCUCAUUUCCCCAAAAUCAGCGUCUAUCAUGGUGAGAUGCGACGCAGGCUCUGGGCAACCGUCUUGGAGAUUACUGCGCAAAGUAGCCUGGAUAUGGGCAUGCCACCCAUGGUCUCUAUCAACGACUACGAUACUAAGCCGCCGUCUAACAUCAACGAUGAAGACAUGGGUGAAGGCAUUGAGGCGCCUUUGGAUGCGAAACCAGAAACUGUUUUCACCGACAGUAGCAUCCAAAUUGGUUUUACACGGACUCUUCCUGUAAGGUUAGAGAUCAUCAAGCUGAUCAACAAUCUACGCUUUGAUCUAUCGUACGAUGACGUACUGCGCGUCGGCAGCGAGCUAACCAGCGCCUGUCGCAAGGGGAUGAUAUUCUUCAAAGCCGCAUUAGCUGCGGGACACAACAUCACGCCUUUCCAGAUAAAAAUGUGCGACACCCUAGUCCGACGCUUCGUCCUCUGUCUUCACCGCCCAUACUUCUCAAAAGCAUUCAGAAACCCACGCUAUCACUACUCAAGAAAGAUAUGUUUGGACACCUCGUUAGCAAUCUACGCGCCGGCGACGGACAACGCGCCUGAUGAAGAAGACGAUUGGACACGUAUGACACAUCGAUGUGUCGGCUUCUUUAAGUCAUUCUUCCUCUACGGCAUGUCAACCGUAUAUUACGAGCUUACUUCGCAAAUCAAUGAGAGACUAGAAGAUGCAGCGCUCUUUGCUCCCAUGGUUUCCGCACGAACACCAACAUCUUCCUCCACAGGGUUGUCAUCAUUACCGGCACAGUAUCAGCCUCUACGUGAAGUCCUGGAAUCAUCACGCCGCUUAGGGAUAGCCCGGAUUCAUAAUGGCGAAACGAACGCAAAGGGUGUCGUUUUCAUAAAUUGUGCCCUAGCACGCAUCGACGCUUUAAUAUCUGGCAACGACCCCGACGCAGCUGUCCUUGAAGCAGCAAAAACUUCUACCAGCGAAACGAGUCGGAUACUGGCUGAAGUAUAUCGAGAAGAGCACGGCGAAGAGAUUGAUCUAGGUCUUUCGAGCGGAUGUUUCAAUGGAAGAGAACACGGCCGUGGCGAAGGCGCUGAUGACAUCACUGGGAAGCAUCUUCCUACUGGUACUGAAGUCCAGAGCGGCUUCAGCAAUGUUGCAGACUUCCCCUCUUUCGACGGCACGAUGGAGGGAAUGAAUAUGCUGGACGCCGAUCUAGGAGAUAUGAACAUGGGUGUGGAUGUUGACAUUAAUGCCUACAUGCAAGGACAGCCUAUGGACAUAGGGAAUGGCUUCCAUUUCGGAAGGAGCCCCGAGUGGUUUUAUGAUCUUAAUGGGUGGGCUGGGACAGGCAAUCCCGGGAACCUUGGGUACGGUGUUUGACGCCCGUACCAUACGAUCAAAACCUAUAAGGCUGCAGACCUUAAUUCCGAUACUCAUCCGAUGUCCAACCGCACCCGAUAACAAUCAUGUCUGACACCACUCGGGUUACUCUAAGAAAAACGGCCCAAAUGUCCAGAAACAGGAUGGUUGAUUGCAGCCAAUACCUCUUUCUAUAGUUGCAAUCCUGAGGAUCCGAUACCCGGCUUCCCAGCUUUUGCUAUCAUCGUGAAAACGGUGCACAUCACAGGCUCUUGCAUAGGCUCUCCUAGGGAGAUCAAGGAAACGUUACAGUUUAUUGCAGAUCGGUCUUAAGCCUCGAUUGAAGCUCAUCACGAUGAAAAAGGCAAGCCGCGUCAUUGUGGAGUUCGCAGAGGGUAAACAACGACACAGAUUCAUACUCACAAACGAGAAACACACCAAGCAAAAGAAGAUGAGAUGAGGAAGAUGCUGAGUAUAUGUAGCAGAAGUUGCCAGAAUGCAAAUAUAGUUUUUUUU